CACUUUGUCCUUUUGAAUUCUCGUUUGAAAGUGUCUUCGGUCUUUGAUUGAUGAUUGUAAGCUUAAAUCAGAAGAUUCUCCAUUAUGACUCGCCAUUAGCCUUUCUUGUUCGAUAUGGAAACUAUUCCCGUCGCGCUGAUGCAACAGAAAGUAUGUUAUGUUGAUCAUCCAUAGGUCAUCUCUGUAGUUUUCGAUCCAGUUACCUGUGAGGAUCUAACAUCAAUUACCGGCACUUCAGAGUGAAGCAGAUGGACAACUGUUACGAUGUGGUGGUUCCUUUCUGUGGAUAUGGAAGUGCAUGAGGUACCAGUUUCGCUGUGUGUGGGUAUAAAUUGAAGGCCAUGGAGCAUUUAUGAGAAAGGAUAUUGUCCCUUGGUUGCAUUGAGACAGUUACAUUAUUUCUAAUGGGCGCGAGCUAUUUGUCAAUCUCCGCAGGAUGCACAUUGCUGAGUAUUGGUUUACUCCAUUGGGCAGAAAUCUCACCUUACAACAUAAUAUCAGAUGGGAUAAUCUUUAACGACCAUCAUCUUCUAGAGCUGCUUCAGGGUUCUGCUACAACUGUUGUGUUAUAUGCGAAUCUUCUAUUAAACACAUUUAUCCUGUUUACCUUAUGCCUUAAGACAUUUUUCUUUGGCGAACUGUACGCUUCUGAAGUUCGCAAACUGGUGGAGAGGCUUAGUGAUUUUCUAUAUUACAAGGCAUCAUUUCUUCUAUUUGUUAUCAAGCCAACUAAACUUCAAGCUGGAAUAUGGCUGUCAUGGUUGAUCGUCCUUUGUUCAUUAAAGAUAUGCCAAGGUUUGGCUAGCGACCGACUUGAACGAUUGAACACAUCACCUUUUGCUAGCCCAUUGACAUAUUUUCGGGUGUAUUCUGUACUUUUGCUGGUUAUAUCUGUUGAUUUUCUAUGGAUAGGGCUGUGUUUGGUGGUAUACAGGAUGUUAGGAUCAUCAUUUCUUGUUUUAUUAUUCUUCGAACCUCUGGGUACUGCUUUUGGGAUUAUGCAGGGUAUCUUGGUUUAUGGGUUUCAGUUAUUGGAAAUAUGGAUGGAUCAUUCAGCUGGAGAUACCGUGAACUGUCCGCUUGUAAAACAUUUGUACAUGUCAACUGCAGGUUCAUUGUGUGAGUGGAAAAACAUGCUGAUUAGGAACUUGGGCUUUUACCUGGAAAUAAUGAUAUCUUUGAUGUCAAUUGCUCAUUAUGUGCAUAUUUGGUUACUUCAAGGCAUGGCAUUCCAUCUUUUGGAUGCCUUUCUUUUCUCAAACAUACAAGCCUUGAUUGUCGUGGUGAUAAAACGUGUCCAUGGGUUUAUUAGGUUGACAUAUGCUUUACGUUCUCUUCACGCAUUGCUUCCAGAUGCAACAUCUGAUGAACUACGUGCAUAUGAUGAUGAUUGUGCUAUCUGCAGGGAACCAAUGACAAAGGCUAAGACGUUAUCCUGUAAUCAUCUUUUCCACCUCAUAUGCUUGAGAUCUUGGUUGGAUCAAAGUUUAAGUGAAAAUUACUCUUGUCCCACUUGUCGGAAACCAUUCUCCUUACGCCGAACAGAAGUUGAAGAGAACUCUAGUGCUGUAGAUGUUUCGAUAAAUGAGCAAUCUUCUCACCACACAAGUACCGGGCUUCAUCAGCAAAAUCCACAUAAUCAGGUCCUUUCUACAUCAAUGCUCCCCAAUCAAGCUCAGAAUUCUUUUGAACAUGUUCCAUGGAGGGGAUCAGAAGCAGAUUAUGCCCUGUUUCGUUCUUUGUCAGGCCAGGGGCUUGAUGGUGCCGGUCCAUCUUCUAGAUCGUCAGUCAGAUUGGGUAGAAUUCAGACGAUGAUGAGGCAUCUGGAAGCUGUUGGGGAGACUUAUUCCCAUGCAGCACUUGAUACUGGUCCUUGGAAUCUUUGGCCCCUUUAUGCCUCUCAAGUUAGUGCAUCCGGUUCAAGUGUUCCUCCUGUUGGUUCGUUGAGAUUCCCUGGAAACACUGCUAGUUUACAUGCAAUGACUUCCAGAGCAAACAUACUUGCCAUGGUAGAGACAGUUAGAGAGGUGCUUCCACAUGUUCGUGAUGAUUUAAUUCUAGAGGAUCUUCUACGCACCAACUCGGCUGAGAGAACCGCGAAUAAUCUGCUCCGAUUGUGAAAAAAGGUGGAAGGGUAACAGUUGGGUUCGAACGAAUGAAAUCACCUUCGUUGUAUUUACUGUGCUAAAAGUUUAUACAAAUAAAAAGCCCUGAAAGUGGUUCUGGUUUUAAAUUUUCAUGCUAAAAGUUCAAUGCUUGUAGCUAAUAUACCAGUGUAGAUUAAAAAAAAAAUAAGUGGAAUGAUUGUGCUUUUAUAUUUUAAUUUCCAUUGUUGUAUUUUAAUUUGUUUUUCAUAGGGAUGACAAAAGUUACUUAACACUCCUAAUGGAUUGAAGUAGGUUAUUAUGUAUACAUCAUUUUCAAUUUAAAUGUUUGCAAGUUUACAUAUUUAU